CAACCAUUCAUAACCACAUAUACAUUGGGCAAUAUAUAUCUGGUGUUCUGGUUCACACAAAAAAAAUAAAAUGGUGGAGUACUUAUCAAACUUUUUUCCCCCUCUAGAGAAGUCUCGUGAAUCAUGAUUGUUGCGCACGGAAAUAAAUUGUGGCCUUUCGGAAGAAGGAAAGGGGGAUUGGAUUGAUAGAUACUUCCAGCAAAUUUCGUUAGCUGUCUAAUUCCGGACCCGUUGUAUCAGAUUAUAGGAAAAGGAAUCAUCUUAGGGUGGGUUGUUUGACAUGAGUAAGGAGUUAAUUUUUUGUUGUAAUAUCACUGAAAAGGUUACAUAUUUAGAGUUACAUAUUCGAGUAAUAAAAUGACAAAAAAGAAAUUAAUAUGGGGUUGAGGUUCCUAUGGUUUGGUUUAAGAGUCUAUUCUAAACAAAUAAGAAAGUAGGUGAUUAAAGCAAUUAUUGUUUAGGUAGUUUCAUCUAAAGGAAAGUAGAUGCAGAAAUUCACUAUCAAAACAAUAUGAGAAUCUAUCUGACUUAGGCAAGCUAGAGUUUAAUGGUUAUCAUGGCUGGUGAUACUAAAUAGAAUAAAAACCUGUGUCCAACUGUAGGAGUGGGAGAUACAUUGAAUCUAGUAUGUGUUUGUUGUGUCACUAGGCUCCAAAAACCAGGGAGUUUAAUUGUUUCCAUAUGUACAAUGACCAAACAACUGAGAGACUAUGAUCAUUGCCCUUUGUAGACUAAAGAGAGAUGUGAUCAACUGAAGAAAUCUUUACACAGAUUAAUUAAGCAGCAGUGAUGCUCUAUGCAAUAGGAAGAUCAGACUUUAGCUAACCUUUGGACUACUCUAGGUUGCAUAGUUUAUGCUUUAUAGAGUAAAAAAGAGUAGUUGAUUGUUAAUUGAUAGUCAUUAUAGUUUCUAUUGCUAGUAGAUAGUUUAUUUAUUUAGAAGAUAGGAGUGAAAGACUUUAAAGUUUGGAUGUAUUUUAACGGUAGUGGCAAUCUGUUUUUUUAGGACUUAGACUAAAAUUGUUAGUCAAGAUUGAGCUAUAAAAUGAAACAACAAUUACUGGAAAAAAUAAAUAUUAUUUUAUAGAAUAAAAUUUUUCUCCAGAAUAUAAAAAAAAUAAAUAUUUAUUUUAAAUUUUGAAUUAAAAUGAAGGAAAUACAAACAUUUUAAAAAAAAUUAUUCAAUCUUGAUCAUUAAAACUUUUCGAGUGAAAAUCAAGAAGUCUAGUUUUUUUACGUGAAUUAAGAGAUUGGUUAUGUAUCGAACUAUCGAUGCAGAACAAUGGGAUAGGGAUUUGGGUAUAAUAUAGGAUUAUGCAUCAUUCCAUAACUAGAUUUGGACCCUUAGAUUUUAGUGGGGCCAGAAAAGUCCAGACAUAAGAGGUGAGAAUUAAUGGCUACUAAUUUUCCCUAGUUUUUUUAAUCGGCUCUUAUAUUCUUCAUUUUCUCUUGCAUUUCAAAUUUUUUUUCACUGAGUGAUCUACAAAAUAAGAUCCAUUUUCAAUAUAUUUCCACAAAAAAAAUUCAUAUCACUCAUUCCACCUGGCACCACCCUCGUUUUUAACUUAAAUUUUGAACUUUUUCGCCCUGAUAGAACGAGUUUAUCGUGAUUUAUCGAUCUACAAAUUUCUGGGGAAAAAUACACAAGAGGACCAAAACAUACCACUCCAUACCAAGGUGGUAUGGGGAUGGUAACUGGUGGUACACAAUGAUGAAUGUGGUAAAUAAUAUAUUCUUGUUGUCAUGUACAUUUAGAGGUGGCAAUUGGAUCGGAUUCGUGGAUUCGUGAAUUGGAUUGGUGGAUCCAUGGAUCAAAUGGAUUGGAUCCAACGGAUUGGUGGAUUCAUGGAUUGGAUCAAAUGGAUUGGUGGAUUGACCCAUGAAUCCAAAUGACAUCCAAGGCUUGAACCAAAGUGUAAAUUUUGAAAAGUUUAGGUACUAAAAUGUCAUAAUGAAAAAAUUUAGGUUCCAAAAUGUAAUUUUCCAAUGAUUUUUUCGUAGAAAAAUAUAAAUUUUAGGUACUAAAAUAUAAAAUAUAAAAAAUAUAGGUACCAAAUUGUAAUUUGCCAUUUGGAUCUAUGGAUUGAUCCAUGAAUCCACCAAUCCAAUUGGAUUUGGAUCAAAUUGAUUGGAUUAAGUGGAUAAUUUGGUGGAUGGAUUGAAUUGGAUUCAUGGAUUUGGAUCCUAAUUGCCACAUCUAUGUACAUUCAACUAUUACAAUAUGGUAUUAUGGUAUGUUUAUACCACCAUGGUACACUUUAGUACCACGUGAUAUGAUUUAAUGUGGCACCAAGCAUUACCACCAUGGUAUAGAUUGGUACUAACGGUCUCAACAAAAAAAUAUUUCCAAAAAUAUAUCAAAGUAUAAAUCAUUUUGAAAUGUACAAAUUUAUAAGCAGAUAACUGUGGAAAAAAUUCAAAUUACGAUUUAAAACGAAAGAGAUAUAACUCGUUCAAAUAUAUAGAGAAAAUGAUUAUGAGUUUUUCAUAAAUGAGAUGCCACAAGUUAUACAUGAUUAUUGACCAUAAGAUUAUCGAGUUCGAGUAGAACUGAUAUUGGCCAAUUUGGACAGAGAAUCGUGGCAGAUUCUCCUGACAGUUGCAACCCAAAAGUUCAAAAUUCAAGAAGAAGAAGAAAGGGGAAGGGGGAAAACGUGGUCAGAUACUGCUAGAGAACUUGAGAAGCCAUCUUUGAACAGUUUCGAAUUUCAAUUACUUGAGCUGGAUGGAUAUGAAAAUUAGCGUUGACUAUGCCAUCUACGGAAGGAAGGAGAUUAGGAGAAUAAUGAAUGAAUUGGGAUUUAGGAUGAGUUGCCUUUCAGCUUUGCAUGCACACGUGAUGCCUCUGUAAGAGAAGGCUAUCAAAUUAAAAUUAGGAAAAUAAUAGAAUAUUGAAAUCAGAAAAUGUAUUAUAAUCUUGAUUAAAAAUGAAGGGAUAUAAGGAAAAGGACAUGAAACUUGAAAGAAGUGGCGCAACUUUAAUGGGUGAUGAUAGCUUAAUUUAAGCUUAGGAUGAUUAGAUUAGAUGCUGGCGGUCUGAAUUGGUGUGUGACUUAACCGAAAGCAGCGGGCUGGCAUCAUGGGUGGCCCGUGCUGCCUGGCCCGUGAGCGCGGCGGCCGGCGAUUAGGCCGGAGACUGGCAGGCAUUAUCCCUACGUUCCAGAUGUAGAAACGGAAUACUUGGAUUUGUUUUUGGUAAUUCGAAAGUGGAUAAGGGAGAGUGACGAGCCCUUUUUUUUUUUUUUUUUUAUAGUUACGACUGAAUCAUAAAAGCAAUGAAUUGGUGAUGAUUUGAUGAAGUAACUUGCUAUGAAAAAACCUCCAGAUAAAUGGAUCCAUAUGUAGAGAAUCAUACCACGUAACGAAAUGGGUCCAAAUUACUGAGUCCGAGAGGUCCAUGCCAUCUAACGAAAAAAGGGUCGUGGAAGCGAGACAAGAGGCUCUGGGCACAAUUUUGAAAAAAAUACUAAGUAUGAAAAGGUCAUGUUGUGCCACGGUCAUGCCAUGAAAUCAAGCCUCAUGACCAAGACCGAAUGCCCAAACAAUAUGGUAAGUUUGGGACUGGUCUUCCCUAAGAUAAGAGGGCUAUGGAUAUGAUUAAGAAGUCCAUGGCCGCGAGGCAAGACAACCACGAUCCCCUAACACCACAGAGUCAUCAAAAUGACUAGCAUGAUACGAGAUCAGAACAAUACCAGGCAAGGCAAGCUACACUCCAAGACCAACGACAAUUUCAAGAGAGGUGCCUUGGCAAUUGAGUGAUGAACUGCUACUCAUCUCAUGUUCAAGGGACACCACGUUUUCGAUGAAGCAGCGAGUAGUUCUUUUUUACAGUUGUCCAAGAGGUUGUUUCUAUGGCAGUUAUCUAUCCAUUAUCUAUAAAUAGGAGGAAGGGUUGACAAAGAGAAGGUUCCACAAUCAGACAAUUGACGCCUACAUCAAGUUUUAUCAUUUUUUCUCUGCAAGUAGCCAUAAUUGUAGUUCGGAGCUCUCACUGAACCUCCAUUUGAGUAGAAGUAAUUUAAUGUAGUUAUGUUCCCAAAAACCAUUAAUAUAACACCCUUGUUUGAAUCGUGUUCAAAGAUGUGUGAACCAUGUUUAGAAAUCGUAUUAAUAAGUAGUCAAAGAUGCAAUCAAAUUCAUUCAGCGUAAGUUUUCUCGCCGGAAAACACUAUGGUGUCAAGAUACCAUACCUAAAUUUGAAACUUUUCCUUUUUACUCCGACUAGUAGUUGUAUUCAUUAUUUGAACAUUGGACAUCAACGCUAAUAUAUAGGAGAAGUUUAAUACAGUACACUACAAAUCGUUUAUUGUAAAACUUAUACCAUAAAUGCUAUUUAUCUAAUGGGUUACGAUAGCUUCCUUGAAUUCAAAGGAAUGGAUGAGUUAUGGGAUAAAGGUAACAAAAGUGAAUAUGGUUGUAUCAAUUAGUUUAUUUUCUUAUCAAGAUAGCAUUGAUCUUAUAAUUUGCAAUUACAAGUGCAUAAAGAGCACCUUUCAUCAAGAACAAACUCCAAGAAAAGAAUAUUCUACCAAUUUGUGAAUAAUUGUUUAGUGAAAGACAUUAAACUAGACUUUCAUAGUUCAAGAAAUUAGAUAAAAAUGUAUUUUAGAAAAUUUGUAAUCCAAAAGACUGUUUACAAAAACAAAAGUUGUAUCAAUUUAUAUAUCUUCUUUAACAAAUCUAUUACUUGAAUACUAUUGUUCUAUUUUUUUAAUUAUACAAUUCAAAUAUUAAAACUACACAUAUUGAUCAAUUUUCUUGAUGCACUACCAACGCUUCUACAAACUACGGAUCGAGAAAUUGCCGGAAUCGAGAAAGCAAGAAUACGAAAGCGAGAAUCGAAACACGACACACGAUUUACGUAGUUCACUAACACGAUGUGUGUUAACUAGUCCACGGGCGAGAGAGAGAGAUAGUCAGUUUCACUAUAUUGAGGAGAUUAUAGAUUAUAGAGGAGAUGAGAAGUAUUUAUAAUACUUCUCGUAGGUCUAACCCUAAUAGAAUAUGAUAAAGGAAAAGCGGUUACAACCAAACCCACAAUCCGAACCCAAAUAACAUUGAGCUUGUGCACCAAGACCCCGACUAUGCCAAUCGUAACAGUUGAUAAUCCGAUUACGUGAAUAAUAACUAAUAUUGUAUUCUUCUACAUGAAUUAUUUUAAUUCAAAGUUAAAACGCAACAGAUAUCCAUCAAAAAGGGAUCCAUAUAUCUCUCCUCUGAAAUCCGGCUAAUACAACAACAAAACGACAGACUGGUGAUGAAAAAUAUCAACCCGCCCUCGUUGUCUCUGCAUAAUUUUUCUGCCUCUUUUUUUUCUGCCUUUCAGAUUACAAACAAAGGAAUACCUUGAGAGUUGGUUUUAUAAGAUUUUACCACCUUUUUUUUUAUGGGUAACCUGUUGUUUUAUAAGAUUUUACAAAUGUGUGUUUUGUACUAGAUCGAUCGACAUCGGCUCUCCGCACUAACACACAUCACCUAAUCAAUCCGUCCACCUUUCUAAUUUGCUGGAAAAGUGAAUCCCCCCCCGUCCCGUGUCUGUUAACCCUCUCCAUCUGGGCGCGCGUACACCACUAAUUAGCCAACUAAUAGUAGUAGUGAACUCUACUAUUCCAUCCCAUUCCCAUAUAUCUACUUCACAUCGCGUUACACUCUACCUGUAUUUAUCAAUUAUCACUAUGAUCAUCAUUAGGGCUGGCUAUUUGGUCCGGACUAUUUGAUUUUACCUGAAACCGGACCGAUAACCCGGACCGAAACUGGAUAGCAAACAAUUCAAUCCAAUUUUUGGGUUUAGAUUUGAGAUAAAAAAAAAUCGUUUGGGACCGGAUUAAAAACCGGAUAAAGACCGAAUAAGAGAGCCCAACACCCAAAACUUAACCAACUCCUCACUCUUUGAGUCCUCGGGCCACUCAAAUCCCCCUACAAGUUCAAUCUAAAAUCAAGAUCGAAUUGGGACCGGACUGUAUCCAAUCCAAUCUUUGGUCCUUAUAUUCCCAAAACGACGGGACUGGGACUGGAUCAAUUCGGGCCAAUUUAACCGGACCUGACCGUAUAGCCACUCUAACCACUGCAUCAAUUAUUGAUACCAUAAAAGAACUUAUGACAUCUGAGCACUUCUACUAUGCUAUAUAGUAUUGGUGCUUUAAUGUACAACUUGAAGUUGUACCAUAACAUUAAAUGUAUAAGUUUAGGUUGUACCAUAAAGAAAUUUGUACAUUUAUGUUAUGGUACAACUUUACAACUUGAAGUUGUACCAUCACAUAAAGAUACAAGUUUAAGUUGUACCAUAAAAGAAUUUGUAUAAAAAGUAUAGGUACAAUCUGAAGUUGUACCAUAACGUACAUGUACAAUUUUAAGUUGUACCAUAAAGGCAAAAACCUAUAGCACCAAUACUAUAUAGCAUUGUAAAAUUUCUCUAUGGCAUCUACCUUGUAAGUUGUAAUGUAAGUAAUAGUAACCACAUAAAAGUCAACGCAGCAAAAUGGCAUUACUCCUAUGACCUGAUCAGUUUACAAUAAGUGCGACUUUUCCCUUCCCCAGAAAAACCUCUAUAAAUUGCACCUUCCCGUGAACCCGCUUCAUUGCCAACUCUCCCUUGAAGAGAAAUAACCAUGGCGGUGAACAUAACCUCCAUCAAAACCUCCUCCAACGGAGCAUGGCAAGGCGACAAUCCCCUUGAUUUCGCCUUCCCGCUCCUCAUCCUCCAGACCAUCUUGAUCCUCGCCGUCAGCCGCUCCCUCGCCUUCCUCCUCAAGCCCCUCCGCCAGCCCAAAGUCAUCGCCGAGAUCGUCGGCGGGAUCAUCCUCGGACCGUCGGCGUUCGGCCGGAACCACCACUACAUGCACCGGGUCUUCCCCAAGUGGAGCGCCCCGAUCCUCGAGUCUGUCGCCAGCAUCGGCCUCCUCUUCUUCCUCUUCCUCGUCGGCCUCGAGCUCGACCUCUCCUCCAUCCGCCGCAGCGGCAGCCGCGCCUUCGGAAUCGCCGCCGCCGGGAUCACCCUCCCCUUCGUCUGCGGGAUCGGGGUCGCCUUCGUCCUCCGCAGCACCAUCGCCGGCGAGGACCAGGUCGGGUACGGCCAGUUCGUCGUCUUCAUGGGGGUCGCCCUCUCCAUCACCGCAUUCCCCGUCCUCGCCCGCAUCCUCGCCGAGCUCAAGCUCCUCACCACGCGCGUCGGGGAGACGGCCAUGGCGGCCGCCGCGUUCAACGACGUCGCCGCGUGGAUCCUACUCGCCCUCGCCGUGGCCCUCGCGGGGGACGGAGUCCCCGGUGGUCCCCACAAGAGCCCCGUGAUAUCCGUGUGGGUCAUGCUGUCGGGCCUGGGCUUCGUCGGGUUCAUGAUGCUCGCGGUCCGGCCCGCGAUGAAGUGGGUCGCGGGCCGGUGCUCGUCGGAGCACGACGCCGUGGACGAGGCCUACAUCUGCCUGACGCUGGCCGGGGUGAUGGCGUCGGGUUUCGCGACGGAUCUCAUCGGGAUCCACUCCAUAUUCGGGGCGUUUGUGUUCGGGUUGACUAUUCCGAAAGGCGGCGCGUUUGCGGAGCGGUUGAUGGAGCGGAUCGAGGAUUUCGUCUCGGGCCUGCUGCUGCCGCUUUACUUCGCGUCCAGUGGGCUCAAGACCGACGUGGCGUCAAUACGUGGCGGGAAGUCGUGGGGCCUGCUCGCGCUGGUGAUCACCACCGCCUGCGCCGGGAAGAUACUGGGGACGUUCGCGGUGGCGAUGAUGUACAUGAUUCCGGCGAGGGAAGCGCUGGUUUUGGGCUUGUUGAUGAACACCAAAGGAUUGGUGGAACUCAUCGUGCUCAACAUUGGCAAGGAGAAAAAGGUGCUUAAUGACGAGACGUUUGCCAUUCUAGUCCUCAUGGCACUCUUCACCACCUUCAUCACCACCCCAACCGUCAUGCUCAUCUACAAACCCGCCCGCCACGGCGCCGACGCCUCCUCCUCCUCCCACUCCGGCACCCCACGCCGGAAGCUCGGCGACCUGACCGCCACCAAGGAAUCCAAAGACGAGCUCCGGAUGCUGGCCUGCCUCCACGGGCCGGGGAACGUGCCAUCUCUGAUCACCCUCGUCGAGUCCAUCCGCAGCACCAAAAUCUCCCAGCUCAAGCUCUUCGUCAUGCACCUCGUCGAGCUCACCGAGCGCUCCUCCUCCAUCAUCAUGGUCCAGCGGGCCCGCAAGAACGGCUUCCCCUUCUUCAACCGCCGCCGCGGCCGCUGGCACGACAGGCUCUCGGGGGCCUUCCAGGCCUACAGCCAGCUGGGCCGUGUCAAGGUCCGGCCCACCACCGCCAUCUCGGCCCUGGCCACCAUGCACGAGGACAUCUGCCACGUGGCGGAGACCAAGCGCGUGGCCGUCAUCAUCCUCCCCUUCCACAAGCAGUACUGGAGCGACGACGACUCGGUCGAGAACGUGGGCCACGGCUGGCGUGGGGUCAACCAGCGGGUCCUAAAGCACGCGCCGUGCUCGGUUGGGCUGCUCGUGGAUCGUGGGCUGGGCCAGGCUUCCCGGCCCAAUCCGAGCCAGCGGGUUUGCAUUUUGUUUUUCGGUGGGCCUGAUGACCGUGAGGCCCUGGAGCUGGGCGGGAGGAUGGCCGAGCAUCCGGCCGUUAAAGUGACGGUCGUUAGGUUCGUUGAGAGAGAAGAGGCGGACGGCGGCAGCAAGGCCGUCACGCUGCGACCCUCGCCGUCGAAGUCACCCGAGCAGAACUAUAGCUUCUCCACCGCCGUCAUGAACCGUCAGAAAGAAGAGGAACUAGACGAGACGGCGUUGGGGGAGCUGCGAAGCAAAUGGGAGGAGGCAGUGGAGUACAAGGAGAAGGUGGCGAGUAGCAACGUGACGGAAGGGGUGGUGGCGAUGGGGAGGAGCGGAGAUUACGAUCUGAUGGUGGUGGGGAAAGGUAGGUUCCCGUCGGCGAUGGUGGCGGAAAUAGCCGACCGGCAGGCAGAGCAUGCCGAGCUGGGGCCGAUAGGCGAUGUGUUGGCGUCGGCCGGGAACGGCGUCGUUUCGUCGGUGCUUGUGAUUCAGCAGCAUGACGUGGCACAUGCGGAGGAGGUGCCGGUGGUGAAAGUUGUGGACAAUGGUGGUGGUGGUGGUGGUGGGUCGUCGUCGGCGGCGGCGGCGAUGGGAGAGAUGGGCGAUAGUGUUGUGUGAUGAACUACUGAUUAUGAAUCAAUAUUACCUAGCUAGUGGCAAUCAGAUAUAUUCAGGGUUUUCAAGUGUAAAUUUAUAAAUAAAACAUGUUGUAAUUAACUAAUUAUAUAUAAUAAUGUGUGUAUGAAUUCAGUGGCGUAGUCAGAUAUUGAGUGUACUGGGGUCCUCUAAAAUUUACUAACACUAAUGCUUAUGAAUCUAAUGAAUUUUGAGUUAACCGGAGUCCUUGGUGAGCUAACAUCGUUGAGAAUAUGGGGUCCUAAACUUGAAUUAUCCUACUAAAACCUAUGUAUUUAAAAGAUUUUGUUGCCCAAUUAUUUGCCAAGUGAGGACCUAGGACCCCUCUUCUCCUUACCUCCUCCGCAGGUGUGUAUGAUAAUGAUAUUGCUUCAAAUUAUAAAAGGAGUGCGGAGUCGUCGUUUUCCAAGAGCUUUGUUUUCCCCUCUUCUUCUGUGGAAGUGUCUAUUUGCCUCCUCCUUUAGUGGUGGAAAUGGAAUCAUCCUUUUGCAUCAACCAUGAUUGGUUCAUCUCAGUGGCGGAUCUAGGGGCACGGCUCAGUCCUCCCUGAAUACAGAGCUAGUAUCGCAUUUGUAAAUUUUCGAGUUUAGGUGUUCGUUUAAGUGUUCGACGGGCUAUGGCCCAGCCCAUCACCACCUCUUUUAAUUUGAAAUGUGGGCCAGUGCUCUAUCUCAUUCUGGAUCCAUCGCUGGUUCAUCUUGGAGGCAAAAUUGUACGUCAAAAUAGUGAAAAGAGAAAAACUUCAAUGAGAUUUUGGGGUUCAAACCUGAAAAUAGGGGUUGGUACCAAUGACAGAGCUGGUGGCCCACGUCGAUGUUAAAUUAUUAUUUCUCAAAGAAGGAUCACGUGAUGAUUUAGAUAGACUAAAUGAAAAUAAAAGAUAAUUUGACACCGAUAAAAGGGAUAGGCACGAAAUUGAUGAAAAUAUGAUAAGGAUGCCCAUAAAAUCCCUUGAAUUUUGUAGUCUCAUAGAUUGUGGGUGAGAAGCCUACCCUUUACCUUGGGAAAUAGAUCUUGUGACACAUACAUCGAGAAAGAAUAUAUCAAUAUUAUGCUAUAGUUGUACAAUAGAAGGUAAAUUAAACUCCAAAGAUUCCAAUUGUCAUUGAUGCCUUAGCUUCUUGCCACAAAUUUGCAUUUAGGAUGUUAGAGAUUCUUGCAUACUUGAGAGAUCUUCUUAUACGAUAUAGAUAGUACAAUAAGAACGAGAUAUUUAGAGAUUUUAGAACGUUUACUACUUCUAGAUUCAUAUCAUAUUCAAAACUCCACUAAUUCCAUUAUUCUUAAUAGCAAGGACUUUAGUACUCCAAUAUUUCUCAAUUUGAAAAGAUAUAUAUUUUCAUAAAAUCAUCAUCAUUACAUUCCACAGGAGUUGGGUUAAUUCCCUAAAUAUUGUUUUUUUUAAUUUACCACGAAUAUAGUGUUUUUAAAAGU